CCUGGGCGACCUGCGGGCCCGGGGGCGGGGAGAGGCGGCGCAGGCGGCCGCGAUCAGGGCAGGACGCCGCCAGAGAGGCCCCGGAGGCUUGGGGAGGCCUGGUGGCGGGAUGUGGUCCCCGGGCGGCCCGCAGGGACCCGCGGGCUGGGACCGCCGCAGGGUGGGCGCCCGGCUGCGCGCGGCGCUGGCGGGGCUGCAGGAGCUGCAGGGGCUGCGCGCCAGGCAACAGGCGCUGGUACGCGGCGCCCUGGCCGAGCACCCCCCGCCCGCGCCCGCGCCCGCCGCCCGCCGCGCGCCCCGCGCUCAGGAGCUGAGGCUGGAGGCGGCGCUGGCGGCGUUGCAAGACCAGUUGAACCGGUUACGACGCCAGGACGUGGGCCUGAAGACCCAGCUGGACCACCUGGACCAGCAGAUCAGCGAGCUGCAGCUGGGAGUGCGGAGGUCGUCCGCCGAGGGCCCGGACAGCGACAGCCGGCCCAGCUCCGGCUUCUACGAGCUGAGCGACGGCGGCUCCUGCUCUCCGUCCGCCUCCUGCACGUCCGUGUACAGCGACUGCCUGUCCUCCUCCCUGGGCACCCUGCUGCCCGCAGCCCCCACGGCCAGGACCAGCGCAGGGGCCUGCCGGCCCUGGUCUGCUGACGAGGCCACCGUGUGUGGGGGUCCCCUGCCCGUGCGGGGCCGGCCGGCCGCUGGGGGGCGUGCAGGUCAGCCUCCGCAGGGCACCGCCCGGCCCCGGCCAGUGUCCACAGGCGACCUGGACAGAGUGCUGCCGGCUGAGGCCAGACUCCCAAAGGCUGACGCAGAUGCCAGGCCCAAGUCCCUGCUCUGCCACGGGCUGGGCCUCCGACCCCAUGGUCUGGACCCCAAGUACCAGUGCGACCUGGUGUCCAGGGGCGGUGGGGAGGUGUACCUGUUCCCAAGCCCCUUGCAUGCAGUGGCUCUGCAGAGCCCCCUCUUUGCUCUGACCAGGGAGACCCCACAGGGUGACAGCCACUUGCCGCCCCUUAGCAAGUCCCCUCCCGGCCCCUCAGGUCCAGGCUCGGUCCGGCCUGGGCGGGUCCUGGAGGCGGGCUCAGCCCAAGCCUACAUAGACAAGCUGCUGGGACUGCGGGGCCAGAGGAACCUGCUGAGGGGUGUGGUGUGUGAGCAGGGUCCCCCGGGGUGCGAGGUGCCCCUGUCCCAGAGAGCAGAGUGUGCAGGUGGCCCAGAGAGGCUGACCCGCUCCCCAAGAAGGGCAGAUGCCGGUCAGGGGGCUCAGAAGAGGGAAAUGGGCAGGAACAGCCUCGAGCAGCGGGGACCUGCACCCCUUGUGGGCCCCCCACACCCCAGCAGCCUUUCCGAGGACAGACACAAGCCCUCUAGCAGCUGCAUCUGUGUGGGGACCAUUCUGGGCUCCCCUCAGCUAGGGGGUGGGUGCCCCUCCAGCUGUUCCCGGGCUCAGUGGGUCACUCCUGAGGGCUGGAGGGGCAAGGCCACGUCACCCACCAAGGCCCCCAGGCCCUGUGUCCACUCGCACUCUGUGGCCAGCAGAGCUGCCCUGAUGGGGCUGAAAAUGGGCCAGAAAACGGGCCAGCCCGUGACAAAGGCUGUGAGGAUGGGGAGGGGGACCUGCAACAGGGCACUGGGGUCAGGCCGGCAGCUGCCACCCUGGGGCGCCCUCCUGGCCCCCCAGCGUCCCCCCGCAUGGGGUGCUUGGCUCAGGGGGAGGCCCACCCAGGCCAUGGAGGCCCCUGGCCGAUCCUGCUCUGAGACCAGCCUCUACCCUGUGUCCUUCCUCGUCCCCCUGCUGGUGGCCGGCCGGGGGGGCCACAGGGCAUCGGCCCACGCCUUGUUCCCCAUGGAAGCGGCCCCUCCGGUGGCAGCUGGCGGCGAGGCCCGGAGGCGGCAGCGCAGGUGGCUGUCCUCUGUAGAGAUCGCAGCUGGGGCCCGCCUGGCUGGUGCAGGGCCCCCGAGGCCAGCCACAAGGAGAGGGGCGGGACCGCCGCCUGCGUGCUCCCCGGCCAGGCCCAGGCCGCUGAGCCGGGAUGCGCAGGCCGGGAGCCUGUCUGGUGCCUCCGAGCACUCGGCCGAGUGCUCCUCCCUGUUCCACUCCACCAUCGCCGAGACCAGUGGAGACGAGGCCAGCGACCACACCGCCAACUGCUUCGCGGACCGGGAGUCCAGUGGCAGCGACGCGGAGGACAGCGUGCAGAGCCCCAGGGGCCGCCCCCCGCAGCCCCCACGGGCGCCCACCUGCGCCCGGCCACCCCUGCCCCCCGCGCCCAGACUGUGCCGCGUCAAGGCCUCCAAGGCCCUGAAAAAGAAGAUCCGCAGGUUCCAGCCGGCCGCUCUGAAGGUCAUGACCCUGGUGUAGCCCAGGGGCUCUGGCUGGAGCCCCCCGAGCCAGGCCCAGUGACCAGUGCUCCAGGAGAGGCCACGCUCCUGAGGAACCGGGCGGAGCACGUGUGGCAGGCACGCAGGGGACCCCAGGGCUGAGGACGACGAAGUCCAGCUUAUUCGCCUGUUUAACACGCAAACACUUCUCCUGCGCGGUCGCCAGUUCCUUCUCCAAAGUCGCGGCUGGGAGCGCGGCCGUGGUCUCAGGAGAGGAGGGGAAGGGGCCCGCAGCCCCCGAGCCUCGGGACGCCUUUCCCCGCCCACGCGGACAUGCACAAAGAACCCACGACGCGGGGUCUCACCAGCCACCCUGCCUGCCUUGUGGAGACUGCUCCCAGACCCUCCCGGGUCUGCUGCCACCUGGGGACGGUCACCUCUGUCCGGCUCUGCCUGUGCCCAGUCCCUGCACGGCUGCCGCACGGCAGGUGGGAACAGGGUGGUGGAAGCCCACGGUGAACCCCCCGCAGGAAUCAGCACGCAGCUGACGUCAUUUCCUUCGCAAGUCACAGCAACGCACUUUCCUUCCCUGUCCCUCCGCGCGUCGUGUUGUCCAGCAAACCCUCAUUCCCUCCAUCCUGUGGCCACUCUUACCCAAGCGGGGGAACAUUCAUGCGAGUGCAGCCCAAGCUUGGGUUCCGAGACCCUACG